AGAAUUGGAGGUGCUUAAGCAGGUACAAGGAUGAAGCUGUAUAGCCUAAGUGUACUUUACAAAGGAGAUCCCAAAGUGCAUUUACUGAAAGCUGCCUAUGAUGUGUCAUCAUUUAGUUUUUUCCAGCGAUCCAGUGUUCAGGAAUUCAUGACCUUCACAAGUCAACUGAUAGUGGAGCGUUCAGACCUAGGCAGCAGAGCUUCUGUAAAGGAACAAGAGUACCUCUGUCAUGUUUAUGUGCGGAAUGAUGGGUUGGCUGGAGUGGUGAUUGCAGACAAUGAGUACCCACCACGGGUCUGCUUCACUUUGUUGGACAAGGUGCUGGAUGAGUUCGCCAGGCAAGUUAGCAGAAUAGACUGGCCCUCUGGAUCCCCAGUGACGAUAAACUACACAGCAUUGGACAGCUACCUUAGUAAAUACCAGAAUCCUCGUGAUGCUGACGCAAUGACAAAAGUACAAGCCGAGCUGGACGAGACCAAAAUCAUCUUGCACAAUACCAUGGAGUCUUUGUUAGAACGAGGAGAGAAACUGGAUGACUUGGUGUCCAAAUCGGAGGUCCUUGGAACUCAGUCAAAAGCCUUCUACAAAACUGCACGAAAGCAGAACUCGUGCUGUGAAAUCAUGUGACCCUGUCAGCUGCGCCCCACCUUCUGUUCUGGACUAUCAGGCCUUCACUCACAUUCAGCACUCCGGAGAAAAGGCAGCAAGAAGAUGUAUCCCAAAACUACCUACGAUGGCAAUCCUUGUUUCCAGAGUUCAGCCACUUCAGCCAGACUGGAUGCCUGGAAUGGGACACGGUGUUGUGGUUCAUGAACUUAAAACAAUCUUUUAU